AUGAACCGAGCAGCCGCUCGUCUUCCACGGCAGCUCCCGCGCAAAAUCGUACUCGUCAACCGGGUGGCCGAGAAAGCGUGUAUGAUGGAGGAGCUUUUGGGGUAUCUGGGCCAUGAGACGUACAAGUCAGAAACAGCUAUCCCAAAGAUUACAGACAAGUUGAUGAGAAGAAUUAUCGAAUGGUGCGAGCAUGGGCAAAACAACGGCUUUGACACCAUGGAUUGGUCCAAACCUGUUAUGGAGUGGACCGACGAUUUCUCCAGCGUAAACUGGGACACGGUCCUCAAAAUUAUCGGCGCCGCAAACUACCCCGACAUUUCAUCACGCCUCCGCGCCGGCCACGCUACAGUUGCCCAAAGAAUCACGGGCAAAACUCCGAAGCAGAUUUGUGCGACGUUCGAGUUCGCCAAGGACUUGCUCUCAAAUCUCGAUGCUUCUGUCCCCCAAAGCGAGGUAGAUUGGUGGACCAUCAAUCUUUUGUCGCCGCCCGGAACCUACUGGCCCACGCCCUCGCCAACGGACGUCUACCGUAUACGUCACCUCCUACAGUACGUGCCUCUCAGCAGCGGCCACACGGUCCCUGCAGAAAUCGCGCACCAAAUCGUCUCGCUCGCCUGCAAACCACGGCUCGUAGAGCGCAGACGUCAGGAAAAAGAGCACCUGGAAUCCAGCGACCUGAACAUUCUAGCCAGCAGCGGCGGCGCCGAGGGGGAUAUCCAUGAAGUCUUGGCGAUGCAUCUCUGCACCCAAAGCAUUCCAUAUCCGAGUUCAGAGGCGGAGAUCCCGCGGAUGGUCCCGGUGCGCGCCAUCGUCACGGUCCUGGUUAGGAACGACACGUGGGAUGACACUUCGGAGUGCCACCCGUGGGUGGAAGUUAGCAUUCUGCGGCCCUUGGUACCGGGGCUGGAGGAGAAAAGCGAGGCGCUUGAAGAUGUGGUGGGCGGUCGGUGGAUGGAUGAACGUGAUGCGAAGACGGCGCUCAUGGAGAGAGGGUGGGAGUUGGUCGAGAGUGGAGAUGGAUGGCUUUCGUGGGAGAUUUGUGAAAUCGGCGACGUAUAG